UCAUCCCGAAUUUCAUUGUAUUCAUAUCUUGAAAAUCACCUCGGGUGAUUGGAAUAGGUACUUUUUUUAUCUCCAAGGCGGACCUGAUUUUUUAAACGUUGCCCCUCCGUGUUGUGUAUUUGACAACUUAAACUUUGUUGCUUCUAUAGCAGAACAAGUGUGUAAAUACGUUGUUUUUCUAAUUGGAUUUAAGUGGUUUAACUAAGAAUAAUUCAAAUUCUUAAGACUUGUUCAUGUAAAGUCGUAGUUCAAUACAAAGCGAGAUAUUUUUUUGUUCAGUAGGAUAGUACUCAGUACUUUGCGUAUUUGUAUGUGGAUUGAAUAUAUAAGGUGCGAAGCAUGGAGACCAAUGCUGAAAAAUUGGAAAACGAGGAAAGGGUUGACAUGUUUACAACCCCUCAUGAACAUGAGCUCAAAGUGAAGGAACUUAGAAGUGUCUUUGUGGAUCCACCAAAAGAUAUGGAGUCCUCCCAAUCUAAGACAACCAAAGAGAAGAUCCAGGCUGGUUUUCAAGGGGUAAAGAAUAACUCCAGACGACUAGUAAAAUUCGUCAAAAGUAAAAUUCGAAGGAAGGAAAAAGAGACCAUCGUUCAAGACAUUCAGAUCAAGCCGGAAGAUGACGACGAGACAUGGGCGAGACGAUCUGUGGGCAGCGCCGCCUCCCGGUCAAGCAUAGAAUCAAAAUUGUCGUCUGCCUCUUCCAAAAAAGAGGAUGAUAAUAUUUUGAGUGACAUGGAUUGUGAUGACGUAGAAGAAUGAAAAUCGCGUGGUGCUUGAUUUCUGAAAACGGGAUUUUUAUGCGAAUUGGUGCUGCUAAGUGCAAUUACGAAAAAUGCAAACAAUGUUUUAACUCAUCAAGAAAAUGGAGUUUUUAGAUUAGAGAUACUAAAUGCGUUAGUAAUUUAGAAAUUGAA